AACUGAACUAAGACUUGAAGAAAAAGCAGGAGUUAACCAGCCUUGAAAGCGCCAUAACCAGGAGCUGCUCAGCCAUGGCUGAAGGGGAAAUCACAACCUUCACAGCCCUGACGGAGAAGUUUAAUCUGCCUCCAGGGAAUUACAAGAAGCCCAAACUCCUCUACUGUAGCAACGGGGGCCACUUCCUGAGGAUCCUUCCAGAUGGCACAGUGGAUGGGACAAGGGACAGGAGUGACCAGCACAUUCAGCUGCAGCUCAGUGCGGAAAGCGUGGGGGAGGUGUAUAUAAAGAGUACGGAGACUGGCCAGUACUUGGCCAUGGACACCGACGGGCUUUUGUACGGCUCACAGACACCCAAUGAGGAAUGUUUGUUCCUGGAAAGGCUGGAGGAAAACCAUUACAACACCUACACAUCCAAGAAGCAUGCAGAAAAGAAUUGGUUCGUUGGUCUCAAGAAGAACGGAAGCUGCAAACGCGGUCCUCGGACUCACUAUGGCCAGAAAGCAAUUUUGUUUCUUCCCCUGCCAGUCUCCUCUGAUUAAAGAAAUCUGUUCUGGGUGCUGAUCACUCCAGAGGAGCCCGAAGGGGUCCUCACCCGGUUGA